UCCAAGGCCACACCCUGAUCAUAGGCUAGUAAAUGAUUUGCACAAGUUAAUGCUUGAAGAGAAGAUAUCAGCAUAGCAAGCAAAGUACAUUAACGCAUCCGAGAGACACAAAGGCAUUGAGCAAAUGGUACUGAGGAGCUGAAUUUAAUUCAUCUGAUAGAGGCGGUUGACACUGCAGGUGAAGAUGUCAAGGCUCAUGAUUCUCUUUGUCCUGUCCUUCCUACAGACCAUGAUUUUGGUUAACGGACAGUCACAGUUGAAAGGGUAUCUAGAGGAUAAAGAGUUCACAGUUCAAGAGGAAGUGCGCAAUACAUUAAUAUAUCAGUUUCUUUCAAGAAAAGUCAACUCAACAUUCACACUGGAUGGUGAGACCGAUGGUGUAAUUGAGGUUGAUCCACAUGAUGGAUGGCUGAAAGCAGCAGGUGCCCUUGACUGGGAAAAAAGAAAAGUGCACAAAUUAAAGAUUCAAACCCUAAAUGAAUUAGGACACAUUGUAGAAGGUCCAUUUUCCAUCACCAUUAUAGUUGAAGAUGUCAAUGACAACCUACCAGUGUUCAACCAGUCUGAAUAUGAAGGGCAAGUAAGAGAAAAAUCCAGACCAGGAAGGGUGUUUCUGAGAGUUUAUGCCACUGAUGCGGAUGAUCCCACAACACCCAAUGCCCAGUUGUCCUACAGUAUCCUGAAACAAAUCCCAGACUCCACGCCCAAAUACUUUCAGAUUAAUAACAGCACCGGGGGCAUUUCUGUGACUUUGAAUGGAAGUCAGCUGAUAACUGCAGGAAAACAAUAUAGCCUUAUUGUUCAGGUUUUGGAUUCAGCAGAAAACCCUUUUAGCAAAACUGCCAUUGUAAAGAUCAAUGUAACAGAAAACAUCUGGGUUGCACCACCGCCUCAAACUAUUAAGGAGAAUUCCACAGAGCCUCAUCCUAUGAAAAUUGCUCAGGUCAGAUGGAAUGAUAAUGAAGCUGUUUACGAAUUACACCAGAGGGACAGGUACCCAAGGUUCCCAUUUUAUGUAGAUUCUAUUGGAGAUAUUUAUGUGAGAGAGCCGCUGGACAGGGAAGAGAGGAGCCAGUACAUCUUCUAUGUCAUGGCAAAAAGUCAUAAUGGAAUUUUUACAUCACAGCCCCUAAAGAUUGAGGUGAAUGUUGAGGAUAUUAAUGACAACCCUCCAGUGUGUCCAGCUCUUGUCACUAUUUUUGAAGUUCAGGAAAAUGAGGGCAUUGGCAGCACUAUUGGAGACUUCAGAGCAAGUGACAUCGAUGAAGAGGCUUCAUUAAAUUCCCUCUUAGAGUACAAACUCUUAGAACAAUCUCCCACAAUUCCUUUCGACAAAAUAUUCUACCUGCAAGAAAUCACUGGACAGCUUCAGUUGCAAAAGACUGCACUAAAUGUUCAAGAAGCCGACGAAUAUAUCUUAAAGGUGGAAGUUUCAGAUCGUGGUGUUCCUACACCUCUCAAGACAGUUUGUACAAUACAGGUUAAUGUGAUAGACAUCAAUGACAACAUUCCUAUAUUUGAAGAGUCUGAUUAUGGGAAUGUGACCAUUCGAGAAGACACACAAUUGCAGACAGUUGUGAUGGAAAUACAGGCCAAGGAUAAUGAUCAGCCAAACACCGGGAGCUCGCUCAUUAAUUACGAGAUAAAGGAGGGGGACCCACACCAGAUGUUCAUUAUUGAAACAGAUCGAGAGACAAAUCGUGGAUUUGUAAAAAUAGCCAAGCUUCUGGACUUUGAAACCAUGCAAGAGCACAGGCUUGUGAUCCAUGCUACCAAUCCAGAACCGCUGUUUGCUGAAGUUGCUUAUAAUGACAGCUCGAUCACUCAGUUGACAGUUUUUGUGUUGAACGUUGACGAAAAACCCUACUUUAAUGAGACUCUGUACCAAAAACAGGUUAAGGAGGAUGUGCCUGUAGGAACUAAGCUAGCUACGAUCACAGCCAUUGACCCUGAGGGAGACAGUAUCCGGUAUUCAUUGCAAGGAGACAGCAGGAAUUGGCUUAGGAUAGAUGAAUAUACUGGAGAGAUGUUCACCAAAGCAUUACUGGACAGGGAAACAGAAAGCCAUUAUAGAGUGACAUUAAUCGCUUCAGAGAAGAAUAAUCCACAUAUGAGUGCCUCUACAAUUUUUCACUUGUUCCUCGAAGAUGUCAAUGACAAUCCACCGAGAUUAGCCAAGAGCUACUUUGGUACUUCCUUCUGCCACCCUGUGACCAAGCCAGAGUCAGUGGUGAUUGAGGCAACAGAUGCUGAUGCACAAAGGCUAACGCCAUUCAAAUUCAGCCUUAACCCCGAUGAAAAAGAUUGGAAGAUUGGACGAAUAAAUGGUACUCAUGCUAAACUAACAAUGGUACGCACAGAUUUUGAAAUGAAAAACUACGAUGUUCAAGUAAUAAUUAAUGACCAAGGGACUCCUCCACUUGAAUCAAAAGUCCAUAUUCCAGUGUCUAUAUGCAGCUGCACUUCUAAAAACGAGUGUGACACCCCCCCUGAAGAAAACUCGAAAUUGCCCUCCAUUGGAAUGGCCCUAGGUAUCUUGUUUGGAACUCUCGCAGUCAUAGGUUUGAUCGUUGCAGCUGUGUUUAUCUCUAUCAAUCAAAAAAAGAAGAAGGAAGGCAAGGCGGCUGAUGCUCGGGACCCCGCAGAGACAAGACCUUUGGACUCCUAAUCCCAGUUCUAUGUGUUAGUAAGAAAGAAUGGAGUUUUGGUAACAUCUAGAAAUAUUAUCUUUAGCUUAGAGUUUUAUACAAAUAAUCUUUUUUGGACGCCCCUCCCCAUCUCUUUGAAAGCAAUAGGCUAACGUAAAUGAUCCCAACAAUUCUGAGCAGCCACGACCGCCAAAAUAAAAAGAUAUGAGACAUUACAGUGGAACACUGCCAUAUAGCACAUUUAUUAACACUUAGCCGAUUUAUCAAUUUCUGAAUUCAAGUUUUUCUGAGAUUCAAGGGUGAAAAACUAGACAAAGUUUUUUCACAAUUGUGAAAAUGUUUAUUUGGGGGAAAAAAUCCUGUUGUUCUAUCCAUUUUUACUGUUUUUUUUUUUAAAUAGAAUAAAU